AGUCAUACUAAAGACUUAGAAAUGGUGCAUAACGAUUUUUUUUACUUAGCACUCAGCAUUUGAGAAAGAGUAAACUAAGUUUGUAAUUCUGUCCAUUGUAAGGUAGACUGUUGGCCAAUAUUUGGGCUUUUGUUUAAUCUAUGAUUACAAGCCCAAGAAUACAAUAGAAGAACGACAGUUGCCUCUAAUACAAUGUGUCUAAAGGUACCGUUUAUAGAAGAGGAUUUACAGUUUUGCUACUGUUUUAUUAACUUCAUCACUAACAGAAAAUGUUACUAGUAUAUGUCCUCCACCAGCAGGUAACGGUGGCUGGUCUGCAGACCUUGGUUUUGGAUCAGGCUGUGACCAUCCAGCAGCUGCAAACUAGGGUGAACCAACUUUCAGACACUUUGAACGGUGCCCGUGACUGUAUGGAACUGUUGACGACUGGACACGAUACCAGUGAUGUGUACACCAUCUACCCUGAUGGAGGAGGGAAAAGUCCUGUUCACGUCUACUGUGACAUGGACACUGACGGGGGUGGAUGGACGCUAUUCCAAAAGCGCCAAGACGGUUCGGUCAACUUCUAUCGAGAUUGGCAGGCGUACAAGACAGGGUUUGGUGACCUCAUAGGAGAGUUCUGGCUAGGUAACGACCACCUGCACCGUCUGACGGCCCAGGAUGUGUACGAACUGAGGGUGGAUCUGGAGGACUUUGAGGGCAACACGGCCUACGCCAAGUACAACAUCUUCAGGGUGGAGGAUGAAGUGCACAAGUACAGGCUCACUGUAGACGGGUACUCUGGUACAGCAGGUGAUGGUAUGACCGCUCAUCAUGACAUGUUCUUUUCGACAUGGGACAGGGACAACGACAUUCACGACACGGACGACUGUGCCGAAACCUACAAAGGUGCAUGGUGGUACAGCAGCUGCCAUCGUUCCAACCUGAACGGCCAGUACCUGAUUGGGAAUCACCAGUCGUACGGAGACGGCGUCAACUGGUCGCGUUGGAAGGGCCAAUACUAUUCCCUGAAAACCGCUGAAAUGAAGAUAAGGCCUAACUAGGCCAAGCAAAUGUUCUCAAAGAAGGUUGAUCCAAAGUCCCUUCUAGAUCUCCAACAUACAUAAUAACAGAAGGUUAUUGAUGAGUAAAAUUGAAU